CAGUCUGAAGAAGGGUCUCCGAGGAAGAGCAGGAGGAAAGAGUCGGAGCAAUCAACCACCACCACCAGCAGCGCACCACACGCACACACGACAUCAGCAGCGACAUGACCUCGACCUGCCUGGCAGCCAUCCGUGCUCCCUGGUUCCCACUUCCCUCGAGAAAAGAGAGCCGAGCCCCAUGCGUGCCGUCCUCACUUAAGCCAAAGAGCCAAUCUUGUCGAGGCAAUGCCAUUGUUGCAUAUGGUGUGGCCUCUUCCCUUUUGGCGCACAGUCACACAGACCUCAUUUCCUCUUUGGCGCGACAUUGCGUUACACUUACGGGCACGGAGCACCAUCAUCAGCAGCAGAAGCAGCAGCAGCAACCACCGCAACAACCACCACCACCAACGGGACGGCAGCAUAGCACCACCCAGGCAAGCGGCAAACAGCCGGUGCUGCGAUGGGUCGGUCGGUGCAUGUGCAUCGUGAGAAAGUGUACUGGAGACAUUCCCACAAGUAUUGGGAUUGUGCCGCACUUCUGCUGCCGGUUGCCCGGUUCCUCGGCCUCGGUCAGCUGUGACACUUGUUUGGCGCAUUUUGCGAGAUUGGGUAUUCGGGGAUAGGGCCAUUGACGAAAUCCACCUGCCCGAGGGUGAGUUCCAGUUCAAAUCCAAGACCAGGGGUCGCUGCAAUCGCAGCCAUGAAAUCGAGAAGUUAACAAACAGUGCAGCAAGGCACCGGCGACAUUUGCUGACAUCUGAUGGCACUGAUUUCGUACAUUUCGUUUCCAGUUUUCUUCGUGGGGGAGGUUUCUGAGAUCAUCAGAGUGGCAAUGUUUUGAUAUGGGUAUUGGGACGACUUAAGGAAGACAGCCAUAUGCAAAAACAGGGAUUUCAAUUGCGCCAAUUUCCAUGAGGG